AUGGACCAAGACGACGUUAUCUCCAUCUCGUCGGAGGACGAGCGCGAACACGACGAUUAUGUUGAACGACAAAGCAUUCUUGAACCCCUCAUCAGCAACGUCGUGGAGUCGCUCGGUGGGUUCGAGGGGCAUACCUAUCGUAUGGGCGACGAGGCGUACGGGUGUCUUAAAGACUUGAAGAAGUACUGGCGGAAAGACGAUACCGACGACGAGCGCACUGUCGCCCGAAUCUUCUGGAAGACGCGCGUCCUUCCUAACGAUCUAAUCCCCAUCUUGCUCGAGACUGCUGGGAAGGGCCACGUAGAGGACAAGCGUGCUAUUGCAUGCGCUGAUCUAGUGACUGCUAUGACUUGGCCGAUUGACCUUGCGGAGGAGUUGAAGGAGCUCGACGAGGAGUACGAUCGCGGCGCAGACUACACUCAGCUCCUCCAAAGCCAUCUUCACUACAAAGCCGCCCUUCUGAGACCUGGCGUCUUGCAGGCACUCUUUAACAUCCUGCUCCCAUGUCUAGCUAAGGACAAAAAGGAGCGAAAGGAGCGCGACGAGCAGAUUAUCAACGUCGUGCUUCACCUUGUACGAAAUCUGGCCUUCAUCAAGGACUUGCCUACGAACGUCCAUCUUAGUGCCGACCAAGCAGACUUUUCCUCUCUACAGAGCAAAUUGAUCCGUACGCUCGCCGAUGCCCACUACCUGGAGCUUCUUACUACUAUAGCGUCGAACGCGGCGACGGACAAAAUGUUCAAUAAUUGGAAUACGCUCGUACUCGAAAUUUUUUACCUCCUCUUCCGUGGCGUCAGGCCUGCUGCUCUGAUUAUCGAGCCCUCAAAGCAAGCUACAAAGAACCUUCAUACUCUAUUGUCCAUCGAGAAUAAACGCCGUCGUGACUGGCAACGUAAUGCGCCAUCUCGCCACUCACGCUUUGGAACGACUAUCUCCGUCACGCUCAAUCCCAAGAAGUCCGGCAAGAAGGAAGAGAACGGCGUCACUCCCGCUCCAGCAGAGCCUUCGUCUUCGUCGCAGGCUUUCGUUCUUCAUCGCCAGCAAGCUCUCAACAAAGAGGCUGGGAGUAUCAUCGAUCUCGUUAAACGUCAGAAGGCUCGGAAAGGCCAGAAGCUGGACGAGCUUGGUCGUGAGGAUAAUCUCUCCGUGGAAGCGAAGUCUGUAUUGCAAGACCUUGCGAGCACGUUCAUAGAAUCAUGCUUCAACCCCUUCCUCGCUUCUCUACUCAAGGACAUCAAGUCAGAACGGGCGAAGAUCACCGAAAAAGACAACCUUCGGCUUCUGUUCGUGACCAAGUGGUUUCUCGAGUUCUUCCUUGCCACUCGAUCUUAUCAAAAAACUGCUGCCACUACCGCCGAUGUCUUGGCUCCCUCUCAAAAACAAUGGAAUUUCGGUUUCGUUGGCGAGGUCGUAGAACGUGCUUGGAUCUCUUGGGUGCUGAAGCGAAUGAGGGGCGCAGUCGAAGAGAAGCCGAAAUUAUGGACGGAACUCCAAGGUGGGAUCGAAUGCCUGACCCAACUCCUGGCCCUUAUCGAAGCCAUGUCCGCGUCGAAAUCGUCCUCUUCCACUAUCGCCACCGCCACGCGCGACCCUUUCGAUCCGCAGUCAGUGCUAGAUGCGCAGGAAGAGGAGGAUGCGGCGGCGUUGCAGGAGGCCGCUGAGGUUUUACAACAACAGCUGAUCUAUAAUGGAGAGAUUAUGGACGCAGCAAUGGAGGGGCUCAGAGCGUACAAGGAGGGCACACAGGCGAUCGCAUUCUUGCAGUCGAGUGUGGGCUUGGCGUAUGCGUUAAUGCGGAUGUUGGAGAGGUGGGGAAAGAACAAGGGUGAUGGGGCGUACGUUAGGAGGAGAAGUAAACCAAAGAAGCGAAAAGCGAAGAACGGCGGGGAAGACGCCGGCGUACCUGACGGCGAGGAGGAGGAUGCCGAAGCUGAGAAGGAAGAGAUCACUGAAACGAUGUUCACGUUCGAGGCUUUCGAGGCGAAAUUCGCUGACCCGAACAUCACCGCGUCUCUCGUCACCUAUCUCGCUCGUUAUGAGGAAUUCAAAUCCCCGGACAGUAUGAAGCAAGUCGUCAGUCUGAUGCAUCGUCAAGCCGUACGAGCCAAGGCCGAAGGCCUUUACUUUCAGGUCUCGACGCUCGAGCUCUUUAAGGCCAUUCUAGGAAACCAAAGGAGCCUACCAAAGGAUCAGCCCUACAAAGAUCUUAUGGCCCUUAUCAACUACAUUCUUCGACAAUUCUUCAAAGCGGUCGAGGCGGAUUCCUUUGUCCUCAUCGAGGCAUUCUUUCCUAAGACCCGUGGUCAGUGGAAGAAGCUGUCGAGCUGGGAGCCCGAGGCGAAGACUAAGAAACCGAAAGCUACUGUCGACGAGUCGAAAUUCCCUCCGGAGGUGCAAGUCAAGAAGGGCUACACAUGGAGCGAGCAACUCGCCAUCGCCAUGGCUGCAUUGACAGAGGAUGGGAAAGAAGAAUUAAUUGACUGGGUAAAAGUGAUCCUGUCACUUGUCAUCGCACAGCGAAGACGGAUUAUCGAAGAGGUCGACGGCGACAGCGAGAAAAACCCCGAGGCCGCGGAGGACGAGCAGUCUCAGUUAGAAGACGACGAAGAGCUCAAAGCCCGCACGCAGGCCAAAGGGGCGUCUGCUGAAGCACUGGCCAAGAUAACGGACUACUUGAUACCCUACAUCAGCGAUGAACAAGCCGAAGCGGCUACGAAGAACGCACAGCUCAAAUUGAUGUUCCGUUUGGUCAAGUUCUUCAUACUGGAUGAAGAUGCUGAAGAGCUCGAGUGGUACAUCCCUGCGGCCGUCCUGGUGUCCGAUCUCCAGCAGAGCCUGAACGUGAUCGAGCAGUUCCAGAACAGUCCCUUGGACCUUGGUGGUAAACGGGCAUCGGAACUGCUUAGGAAGAAGACACGACGACGCAAGCGCAGGCGCGCGCCUUCGGGGUCAGACGCAGAGGGCUCCGACGGCGAUGAGGACGAACCUCGGGUCAAAAAGCGAAAGGAGCGGAAGAAGAAGGAGACACAGGUUUACAAGUCAGCACAGUUCGUGCAGGACAGCGACGAGGAGUACGACAAGGGCAUAGAUGCGUUCUUCGAAAAGGAGAGGCAGCUACGUGAGCGGGCGGCUUUGACUGCCGCUAAUCACGCACUAGGCAUUGGCACGAUGAAGAAGACGGGUUCGAAGAAGCGCCGUCGUAGGAAUCUGGGGAAGGAGGGCGAUCUGAAGCGGAGAAGAGCGGGGACUGGUGACGAUGACGAUGACGGUGGAGGAGACGACAACAUGCUGGCGGCUGAACUAUCCCCGGCGGCAUCCAUUUCUGCUGCGUCGGACGCUGAGCUCGAGGAUCGCGUCUCACCAGCGUCACCUUUCAGCCAGGCCGUUUCUCCUUUACCAGCGGGUCCGGCGUCCUCCGCGCCGCCCAGCGACGACGACGAACCUAUCGCUCGAGCCAAACCUAAACCACGUCCACGCCCACGGCCAAAGACCCGAACAACAAGAGCAGAUUCCUCGCCGACGGCGAUAGAGGGCGAGCGCUCACCCAAUUCUUCUGUCGGCGAGGCGGCAGCCCACGCCUCGACUGAAAAGUUAGUUAGCGACGUUCAGGCAACAGCCGAGCAUGAUUCGGACGAUGAAGACGCGGAGGAGAGCGACGCAAAUCUGGAUCGCUCACGGGCGGGAAUUGUCAAGCGCAAGGGGCGCCUUGUUCUGUCUGACGAACCUGACGAGUAAGACGUACAAUACGUCGAACCGUGGGCAUUCUUCUGAACCGUUUUUGAAAUCUACGGAUUUAUCAAUGCAGAUAGACUUUCA